AUGGAACAAGAUCGGAUGAACAAGCUGGCUCAGAGCAUAACAUCUCUGCGCGCAAACGUUGUUGCCCUUACACCCUCCGUCGCCCAACUGCUGGACCCCGAUCAUACCCCUACAUUACAGUCAAUUAUCUUUGUCGGUGAACGUCUAAGCCUUACAGAUGUGAACCGUUGGUGGGGCAAAGUACGAAUUCUCAACAUAUAUGGGCCAUGUGAAUGUACUCCAUACAGCGUCAUCAACAGCCACGCGUCUUGUCCACAAGAAGCCACUCGAAUAGGCAUUGGCGCUGGCCAGGUGACAUGGGUCGUCAAUCCAGAUAACCACGACCACUUGCUUCCGCUUGGUGACAUCGGCGAGCUACUUCUGGAAGGGCCACUUGUGGGUGAAGGGUACUUGGAUGACCCGGAGAAGACAGCAAUUUCAUUUAUCCACGACCCAGUGUGGUUGCGGCGAGGAGGUUCGGGACAGCCAGGACGGCACGGACAACGUCUCUAUAAAACAGGAGAUCUUGUUUAUUAUAACGAGGAUGGAACCUUGACAUUUGUCGGACGCAAAGAUACGCAGAUCAAGAUCCACGGACAGCGAGUCGAGCUUGGAGAAAUUGAGCAUUGCCUACAAGAACACAUGACAGAAGCAAAGCAAGUCGUGGUAGAUAUAUUUAUGCCGAGAGGGGAGAACUCGAGUCCAAUGUUGGCAGCUUUCAUUCAAACCUAUCCGAUUGCAGCAAACUCCAAGCAACCAGAACCUACCUACAUCGCGGAGAUACUUCAAAUUUCCACCGAUAUAGAAGACAUGCUGGCUCAGCGCCUGCCAGGCUAUAUGGUGCCCACCAUAUUCUUCUCUAUGCGGGAACUCCCCAUGACAGUGAUAGGGAAACUGGACCGAAGAAGACUAAGCGAGAUUGGCACCUUGUGUUUCCAUAAAUGCAUGGCUGGGCAAAAGCAAAUGGCAAAGCCAAAGCCAAAGCCAAAGCCGGCCUCACACAUUGGACAGGAGUUACAAAGGAUAUUGGGCAGAGUUCUAGCCCUUGAUCCGGCGCUAGUGGGACUUGAAGACAGUUUCUUUCGGCUAGGGGGAGACUCGAUUCUGGCUAUGCGGGUCGUGUCAGAGGCUCAAAAGGCUGACAUUGGGCUCACGGUUUCAGACAUUUUCCGAUACCCUACACUUGGUAGCCUGGUCAGCCAGUGCCACCAUGUAGCUGACAAGGUGCCGGAAAAGAUUCUGCCUUUUGCUCUUCUGAGAGACAGCUUCAACAAGGACCUACUUCUCCGAGAAAUUGCAUCUCAGUACCAACUAGAUACCACCACCAUAGAAGACGCAUACCCGUGCACUCCCCUACAAGAAAGUCUUAUGUCCCUGUCCUUGAAGCACCCUGGCGAAUACAUGAUUCAACGCACUAUGAAACUGGGCGAAACCAUCCAAACGGGAGAUUUCUGUCGAGCAUGGGAAGAAAUGGCCCAGAAUACGGAAAUCCUACGUACAAGGAUUGUGCAGUGCAGCAACGGGGCUCCCGUGCAGUUGGUAUUGAGCGAAGAAAUCCAAUGGGCUCAUACAAUCGGAUUGGACGAGUAUCUUGAAGAGGAUAAAAGAAAAGCAAUGGAGCUUGGACAGCCUCUUGCACGCUACGCCAUGGUCACAGAUAAUACAGGCUUGCAUCGAUGGUUUGUGUGGACGCUUCACCACGCACUGUAUGAUGGCUGGUCACUGUCACUCAUGACUGACAUGGUUAAUCGAGGGUACCGUGGUAUCUCGACAAAACCAAAGCACCAGUUCAAAGCUUUCAUCAACUAUCUCGAGGAGCAAAACAGUGACAAGAUAUCUGACUACUGGCGCAAUGCUUUUGUGGACUGUGACUGUAUUCCUUUUCCAGCACUUCCAUCGGCUGUGCGGCGGCCAGUAGCAGACAGCGAGAUAACUCACCAAAUACCAUGGCUCAACACACAGCCGCGAGACUUUACAAUCACAACGCUUGUUCGUGCCGCCUGGGCUCUGCUUGCCAGCAGCAUGACGAGUUCAGACAGUGUCGUGUUUGGUAUCACUACAUCAGGACGCAGUGCGCCUGUUAGCGGUAUCAACGAGAUGUUAGGCCCAACAAUCGCAACAGUUCCAUUGUAUGUCAAGAUAUUACGGUCCCAGAAGGUGUUGGACUAUCUUGCGGCCGUGCAGCAGCAAGCAGCGGACAUGAUUCCUUUCGAGCAUUUCGGCUUACACCAGAUCGCUAAAAUAUCCCCUGAGGCUCAGCAGGCAUGCAUGUUCCAGACACUUCUUAUUGUCCAACCACAAGAAACUUCCGAAUGUGAUAGUACGCUUGGGGUGUGGGACGAGAGCUAUGAGCCAGAGUGGGUCAAUACAUUUGCACUAGCGCUUGAAGUGCAAAUUGGCCUGAAGAGGAUCAAUGCUAGAUUUGACUCUAACGUGAUCGAGCCAUGGAUUGUGCGGUCGUUGUUAGAAGGGCUCGAAUUUGUGAUGAAGCAACUUGAUACCGCAGGACCCCAACAGAGCAUAGCAGAGAUCGAAUUAGUCACACCUCAAAAUUUGGAGCGAAUAUGGGAUUGGAAUCGUACCGUCCCAAUGCCAGUGAAAGAAUCAAUUCUUCAUAUGACUGGGAGGCAGAUACAGAAUCAGCCGAUGGCAACGGCUAUAUAUGCUUGGGAUGGAGAGUUCACAUACGGCGAGCUAGAUCGACUUUCCACAACGGUAGCGGUUCAGCUUGUCAAAUUUGGAGUUGGUCCGCACCUACUGGGGCCGGACGUCAUAGUGCCACUAUGCUUUGAGAAGUCAGCGUGGACAAUAGUAUCCAUACUUGGUGUUCUAAAGUCCGGUGCAGGUUUUGUGUUGCUCGAUCCUUCCCUCCCUGAACCCCGACUACAAUCGAUACUCCAAAAAGUGGGCUCGAAGUUGUUGUUAUCCUCCCAAGCCAACAUGGAGUUAAGCAGCAGGCUGUCAGAGAUGGUGGUUCAAAUAGGCCCAGAUCUAUCGCAGAUCUCAAAUACUGCCUCGAAUACUGCCUCGAGUUACGCUACGAGUCCCACAUCACUGUUGCAACCCUCCUCGAGGGUAAUGUAUGCAGUUUUCACUUCUGGCAGCACUGGAGCGCCUAAAGGGGUGUUGGUGUCACACGAGAAUUUUUGCUCUGCUGUACACUAUCAGUUGGAGCUUCUGGGCUUUAACAAAGAAUCCAGGGUGUUUGAUUUCGCAUCAUACGCUUUUGACACUGCGGUGCACAAUGCUUUAGCCACACUCGUUGCGGGAGGAUGUCUAUGCAUUCCUUCGGAAAAGGACCGCAAUGACAAUCUUGGCAACAUCAUCGCCAUCAUGCGGCCUAACAUUGUCAAUCUAACUCCAACGGUAGCACGUCUGCUAGAUCCGAGGAUGGUGCACGAUCUGAAGACUUUGAUUCUACUUGGCGAGCCAGUCACAACCAGAGAUGUUGAGCGAUGGCACUCACGCAAGAUCCACCUCAUCAACGCCUACGGGCCCGCUGAAUGCACACCCAUUAGCACGAUUAAUGCUUUUGCACCCAGCACAGAGGACGCCAUUCGGAUAGGAAAAGGCGUGGGUUUGGUAACAUGGAUUGUGAAUCCAGAGGACCAUAAUCGCUUGUUGCCACCAGGAUGCACCGGUGAACUACUCCUUGAAGGACCGCUUGUUGGCAACGGCUAUAUGAGGGAUCCAGAAAAGACCGCCGAAGUGUUUAUUGAAGACCCUAAAUGGCUCCUAAAGGGCCCACAUGACCAACCCGGGCGCCACGGCCGCCUUUACAAGACUGGUGAUCUGGCACACUACAACGAAGAUGGAAGUCUAAUGUUUGUGCGCCGCAAAGAUAGCCAAGUCAAGAUUAGAGGGCAGCGCUUCGAGCUUGGAGAAGUCGAGCACCAUAUUCUCAACUGCUUGCCAAAAGCGAGCCAGGUUGUGACGGAAGUUGUUGUACCUGAGAGCGAGGUGAAUCCUAGACCUGUUCUGGUGGCCUUCAUCCAGGAGGGUGGAAAUGACAUGAAGGUCAACGAAGAAUCGACUUUUACAGCCAAGGCAUACCCCAUGGCUGCUGAUAUCCAGAAGAAGCUGGCACAUCAUCUGCCAAGCUACAUGGUGCCGACAUUGUUCUUUUCUCUGCUGGAUCUCCCCCUAACUGCCUCAGGGAAGAUGAACCGGAGACGACUUCGUGAGAUAGGCCAGGAACUUCUCUUGAUUCAGGGAAAGCAAACGUUCGACACGCCUGAAAACUCUCUUGAUACUGGGUCCUCACGUGGUAGAUCGAUAUUGGAGACUGAGCAGCCAGCAUACGCACUAGCCCAGAAACUACAUUCCAUGCGUCCCUCGUGGGCGCAGGACAAUCUUUCAUUCAGAGAAGCCGGGCCACAGCAUCGGCCCAUUGAAUUUAACGAUGUGCUUUUACACUCAUCUGGUCUAGACUCAGUGGGCAUGAUGGAGCUCAUGUCUUUCAUCUCACAGAAUUUCCAUAUUCAAGUUGGAAUGCAGCUUUUGAUGAACAAAGCAACUAGCAUCAGGCAUCUGGCUCAACAUUUAGCCGAUUCUCAGGCGGGUGGUGCUGAAAAUGACCCAGUUCGACACUCUUCAAUUAAUGCCUUGAUCUUAACUAAUCUCAUGGCUGAGAUCAGCCGACACGAUUCAAGGGUCUUGAGUGCCCAGCGGAGACCCGCAAGCCAUGACACCAUAGCGAGCAAUCAUCUCCCGAUGGACGGAGAUGAUAAGUCCUUUACCGUGCUCUUGACCGGCGCCAACGGUUUUAUCGGUACCCAAAUUCUCCGGCAGCUCCUCGAACACCGCCAUGUUAGUCGUGUCAUUGGGCUUGUACGGGGCGAUACAGACGAAGCAGCCAGACAACGCACCAUUGAUGGGGCUGUGAAAGCGCUCUGGUGGACUGAUCACCACGCGGAGAAGCUAGAAGUCUGGCGGGGUGACCUCUCGCUGCCACGUCUGGGACUUGAUCUCACGCGCUGGGAUUCUCUAGCCAGUGGCCAAGUGGUCAAUACAAUUAUCCACUGCGGCGCCACAGUGCACUGGACAAAAAGCUACGAAGUCCUGGAGGCCGCCAAUGUUGGCUCAACCAUAGAGCUUUUACUCCUCGCCAUAGGCCUUCGGGGCAUGAGAUUCCUCCAUAUUACGGGCGGUCGGCCUUGGGACUCUCACGAAGAGCUGGAUGUUGCGAAGGAGCUCUCAACCGCCGAUUCCAUGCAGUAUAGCCAGACUAAGUUUGUCGCUGAAGCUGUCGUGAAGCGUGCGGCGCGGCGGAACCCAUCCGAAACCAAUCGGCUCGCUAUCUCAAACCCAAGAUGGGUCAUUGGCACCCCAACGGAGGGGUAUUCCAACCCCGAUGACUAUAUCUGGCGGCUGGUGGCGACAUGCAUCAAAAUAGGGGCGUACAACGGUGAUGACUUGGACGGGUGGCUUGCCAUAUUCGAUGCCUCGACCACAGCGACGGCGAUUAUUGACAUGGCACUGGGCGAAAAGAUGGAUAGUAUGCCUGAGAAACAACCCCAGGAUGGUAUGCUAUGGAGGGAGUUUUGGGCCAUCAUUGGGGGCCUAGGUUACAGGCUCAAGGCUAAGGGCAUGGCAGAGUGGCUGGCUCUUGUCCGUGCUGACAUUGAAGCUACAAGGGAGAAGCAUCCGAUGUGGCCACUAGCACACAUGUUCGGGGGCUUGCAGAACGAUGAGCGACUAGUGGGUAGCUCGCGGGAGAAGCGUGGUAGUACUCCGUUGCGAUUGAAAGUCGCUCUUACCAAGAGCGCCGAGUUCCUUAUCAAAGCCGGCUUUUUACCCACGCCUUCAGAUCAGAGUCAAGAGACGAUAUAG